ACUCCUCUUUGUUUAUGAGCUGAUGGGUAAGAUAGGAUUGUUUGAUCUGGAGAAACAUUUCUCCUUUUAUGGAGCAUAUCAUAGUAAUCCAAUUAAUAUUUUGAUCCAUAUUAUAUUUGUGUGGCCAAUCUUUUUCACUGCCCAAGUUAUCUUAUACUUCACGCCCGCUCUUAUCGAGUGCCAUUUCCCCUGCCGAAUGGGGUUGAUUCCAAAUAUUGGUUUCGUCGUAGCGUUGAUCUAUUCUAUGUUUUAUAUCUGUUUGGACAAGAAAGUUGGAACUUUGGCUGCUUUUCUCUGUUUUGUUUGUUGGGUUUUCGGAGGUUUGAUCGCAAAGAAUCUUGGUUUCUCUAUGGCUUGGAAGGUUGUUUUGGUGGUUCAAAUGCUUUGUUGGACCGGACAAUUCAUAGGACAUGGUGUUUUUGAGAAACGGGCGCCAACGCUCCUUGACAAUGUUCUCCAACCUAUGCUAAUGGCUCCUUUUUUUGUGGUGCUAGAGGUUCUUUGGUUGGGAUUUGGGUACGAGCCGUUUCUUGGGUUCCAUGCCAAAGUGAAAAACAACAUUGAUGCUGAGAUUAAAAGCUUCAAGGAGAAAAAGACUAUGUAAAAGUGAUCUAUGAUCUUACUCAACAUAUGUUUUUGAUGUAAAGAAUUGUGGAAACAAUAACUUCCAAAUCAAU